UUCAAGGCCGGCCAUAUUGCUUCAUCGUCCUAAGUGAAGGAGAGAGGGGAGAUGAAGGGGAUUCGGGGAAUAAGUCAGCUCUCGUCGAGGCUUUAUGCGGCCCAGGCUGCCCGUAAGGUGGAGGCCACCGCGGCUGCCGAACACGUGAAGUUUCAUCCGCAGGACGUGCAGGUCACCAAACUGCCCAGUGGACUGGUGAUCGCCUCACUUGAGAACUAUUCCCCUGCUUCCAAGAUCGGAGUGGCUGUCAAGGCCGGCUCUCGUUAUGAGACCCCUGAAAACAGUGGGGUCACCCACCUCCUCCGACUGGCCUCCCACCUGACAACCAAAGGAGCUUCAGCUUUCAAGAUAUGCCGAGGAGUUGAGGCAGUGGGAGGCAGCCUGGGUGCGACUUCAUCCAGAGAGAACAUGAUGUACACUGUCGACUGCUUGAGGGAUGACAUUGACACUGUGAUGGAGUAUCUGAUCAAUGUGACCACAGCCCCAGAGUUCCGGCGAUGGGAGGUGUCUGAACUCACACCCAGAGUGAAGAGGGACAAAGCUGAAGCUGCACAAAGCACUCAAAUGGCUGUAAUUGAGGCUCUCCAUGAAGCCGCCUACAAGAACGCCCUGUCUAACUCUCUGUACUGCCCAGACCACAUGGUCGGCCACAUCCAGUCUGAGCAUCUGCACCAGUUUGUCCAGAACAAUUUCACGAGUGCAAGGAUGGCCCUUGUGGGACUUGGUGUGGACCAUGCUGUGCUGACGCAAGUCGGAGAGCAAUUCCUCAACAUCCGCAGCGGAGCAGGCACCACAGGAGCCACGGCUCAGUAUCGUGGAGGUGAGACCCGUAUGGCCAGCCUCGCCAGUUUGGUGCACUCAGCGGUGGUGAGCCAGUCAGCAGCGGCAGGCACCAGUGAGGCUGUGGCCUUCAGUGUGCUGCAGCAUCUACUGGGAGCUGGUCCACGUGUCAAGAGGGGGUCCAACGCUACCAGCACACUGAUCCAAGGUGUUGCCAAGGCAACUGCUGACCCCUUUGAUGCCACUGCUUUUAAUGCAAGCUACUCCGACUCUGGUCUGUUUGGGGUCUACACCAUUUCCCAGUUUGCAGAUGCUGGUGAUGUGAUCAAAGCGGCCGUUGCCGAGGUGAAGAAUGUCGCUGAUGGUGGAGUCACAGCUGCCGACCUCACUCGGGCCAAGGCUCAGCUGAAGGGGCAAUACCUGAUGUCUCUGGAGACUUCAGAGGGUUUCCUGGAGGCCCUGGGCACUCAGGCUCUGGCUGAGGGAUCCUACGUCCCCCCCGAGGAAAUCCUCAAGAACAUCGACAACGUCUCCUUGACUGAUGUCUCCAAUGCUGCCGGCAAAUUUGUGUCUGGAAAGAAGACCAUGGCGUCCAGCGGCAACCUCGCAAACACCCCCUUCGUGGACGAGAUCUAAAGCCGUCCCCUUGUACUUCAUCCAUCUAUGACGACAAAGCAAAUUCUGUCCCCUCCAUAUUCCGACAGGAAGUCUUCUCCACUCUUUGCAUUGCUGUUGUAUUGAGCGCUAUAAUGCCGUAACAGCACUGGUUCUUCAUUGGUGUUGUCACAGUAUAUAGUCGAUGCUGCCCUGGCGCAUCACAAUGUCGUGCUGCACUCAUCUGUCCACAUUUACUGUACAGCUGAUGUAAAAUAAUAAAGAAAUUCUAUCUACCAUA